ACCAUGCGGAGAGGGGGUCUGCUGGAGCUAGCCCUGGGAUUUACAGUGCUCUUGUCUUCCUAUACGAGCCAUGGUGCUGAAGGAAAUUCGGAGACAGGCAAUGUGAAGGAAACCAGAGCCAGCCGGGCAAAAAGAAGAGGCGGAGGAGGACACGAUGCGCUCAAAGGACCAAAUGUGUGUGGAUCACGUUACAAUGCUUACUGUUGCCCUGGAUGGAAAACUUUACCUGGUGGAAAUCAAUGCAUUGUCCCAAUUUGUCGGCAUUCCUGUGGAGAUGGAUUUUGUUCAAGGCCAAACAUGUGUACAUGCCCAACUGGACAGAUAUCUCCUUCUUGUGGCUCCAGAUCAAUACAACACUGUAACAUCCGGUGUAUGAAUGGAGGUAGCUGUAGCGACGAUCAUUGUUUGUGCCAGAAAGGAUACACGGGAACGCACUGUGGACAACCUGUCUGUGAGAGUGGUUGUCUAAAUGGAGGUAGAUGUGUGGCUCCCAAUCGCUGUGCUUGUACAUAUGGCUUCACAGGACCACAGUGUGAAAGAGAUUACAGAACAGGCCCAUGUUUCACACUGGUCAGCAACCAGAUGUGCCAGGGACAGCUCAGUGGGAUUGUCUGUACAAAGACCCUUUGCUGUGCUACAGUAGGAAGAGCUUGGGGACAUCCCUGUGAGAUGUGCCCAGCCCAGCCUCAUCCCUGUCGCCGAGGCUUCAUCCCAAACAUUCGAACAGGAGCUUGUCAAGAUGUGGAUGAAUGCCAAGCCAUCCCUGGGCUCUGUCAAGGAGGAAAUUGCAUUAACACUGUUGGAUCUUUUGAGUGCAAGUGCCCUGCUGGACACAAAUUUAAUGAAGUGACACAAAAAUGUGAAGAUAUUGACGAGUGUGCCACUAUUCCUGGAGUCUGUGAUGGGGGUGAAUGUUCAAACACUGUCAGCAGUUACUUUUGCAAAUGUCCCCCAGGAUUUUAUACCUCUCCUGAUGGAACCAGAUGCAUAGAUGUUCGCCAAGGAUUCUGUUAUGCAUCUCUGACCAAUGGACGCUGCAACAACCAGCUACCCCAACAGCUCACCAAGAUCCAAUGCUGCUGUGAAAUGGGCCGCUGCUGGGCUGCCGGGCCAGCCAUGGCCCCGGAGAUGUGCCCUAUCCGGGCUACAGAGGAGUUCCACAGGCUUUGCACCCUGCCUGGGAUAGUUCCUGGAAGGCCUGAUAUUCCUCUGCCUCCUAUCUACCCUCCCAGUGGCCCAGUUCCUCCAGGUGUCCCUGUACCACCUAUUAUCUAUCCACCAAUCCCUAGACCACCCCUCCCAGAACUUCCAUAUCCAUCUCGAGAACCACCACGUGUGUUGCCAGUCAACAUCACUGAUUACUGCCAGCUGUACCGAGGUCUCUGCCUCAAUGGGCACUGCAUUCCCACCCCUGGAAGCUAUCGUUGUGAAUGCAACAAAGGAUUUCAGCUGGACAUUCGUGGAGAAUGCAUUGAUAUUGAUGAGUGUGAAAAAAAUCCUUGUGUAGGUGGAGAGUGUGUCAAUACUCCAGGAUCCUACAUAUGCCAGUGUCGAGUUGGCUAUCAGAGCACAUUGACAAGGACUGAAUGUCGAGAUAUUGAUGAAUGUUUACAGAAUGGCCGGAUCUGCAAUAACGGACGUUGUAUAAACACAGACGGCAGUUUCCACUGUGUGUGUAAUGCUGGUUUCCAUGUGGCAAGUGAUGGGAAAAAUUGUGAAGAUAUGGAUGAAUGCAGCAUACGAAACAUGUGUCUCAAUGGAAUGUGUAUCAAUGAAGAUGGCAGUUUUAAGUGCAUUUGUAAACCUGGCUUCCAGUUGGCAUCAGAUGGCCGUUACUGCAAAGAUAUUAAUGAAUGUGAAACACCUGGAAUCUGCAUGAAUGGACGCUGUGUGAACACAGAUGGAUCCUACCGAUGUGAAUGCUUCCCUGGUCUGGCCGUGGGGCUAGAUGGACGAGUGUGUGUUGAUACACACAUGCGGAGCACAUGCUAUGGUGGAUACAAGAGAGGUCAGUGUGUCAAACCCUUAUUUGGAGCAGUUACCAAGUCUGAAUGCUGCUGUGCCAGUACUGAAUAUGCCUUUGGGGAACCUUGCCAGCCAUGCCCUGCUCAGAAUUCAGCGGAAUAUCAAGCACUUUGCAGCAGUGGCCCAGGAAUGACUUCAGGAGGCAGUGAUAUUAAUGAAUGUGCAUUAAACACCUUGCUUUGUGACAAUGGACAAUGCAGAAACACUCCUGGGAGUUUCACCUGUACCUGUCCCAAGGGAUUUGUAUACAAACCUGACCUAAAAACUUGUGAAGAUAUUGAUGAAUGUGAAUCAAGCCCUUGUGUUAAUGGAGCAUGCAAAAAUACCCUGGGUUCUUUUGUUUGUGAAUGUUCUCCUGAAAGUACUUUGGAUGCAACAAAAACUAUCUGCAUAGAAACAAUUAAAGGCACUUGUUGGCAGACUAUUGUUGAUGGAAGAUGUGAAAUUAAUAUCAAUGGAGCCACAUUGAAGUCACAGUGCUGUUCUUCACUGGGUGCUGCCUGGGGAAGCCCAUGUACGCCUUGCAAAAUAGACCCAAUAUGUGCUAAGGGGUACUCGAGAAUUAAAGGAACACAGUGUGAAGAUAUAAAUGAGUGUAUUGUAUUUCCUGGAGUGUGCAAAAAUGGCCUUUGUGUCAACACUAUGGGAUCAUUUGUUUGCCAGUGCCCUAGUGGGAUGACAUUGGAUCUCACUGGGAGAAUCUGUCUUGAUAUCCGCCUAGAAACUUGCUACCUGAGUCACGAAGAUGAGGAAUGCUCUUUGCCUAUCGCUGGCCGCCACCGGAUGGAUGCAUGCUGCUGUUCUGUUGGGGCAGCCUGGGGAAGCACAGAAUGUGAGGAGUGCCCAGUGAGAAAUACACCUGAGUAUGAUGCUCUUUGUCCUAGAGGGCCUGGAUUUGCCACAAGAGGAGAGGUUAUAAAUGGAAAACCUUUCUUUAAAGAUAUAAAUGAAUGCAAGAUGAUCCCAAGUCUGUGUACCUAUGGCAAGUGCAGAAAUACCAUCGGCAGCUUUAAAUGUAGAUGUGAUAAUGGCUUUGCCCUGGAUUCUGAAGAAAGGAACUGUACAGAUAUUGAUGAAUGCCGGAUAUCUCCUGAUCUGUGUGGCCAAGGCAUCUGUGUGAAUACCCCCGGGGACUUUAAAUGCGAGUGCUUUGAUGGAUAUGAAAGUGGAUUUAUGAUGAUGAAGAACUGCAUGGAUAUCGAUGAAUGUCAGAGGGACCCUCUUCUUUGUCGAGGUGGCACCUGCCUGAAUACGGAGGGAAGUUACCGUUGUGAGUGCCCUCCUGGACAUCAGAUGGCUCCCAAUAUCUCAGCCUGUAUAGACAUCAAUGAAUGUGAUCUAAGUGUUAACCUUUGCCGAAAUGGCCGUUGUGUGAACCUGAUUGGGAAAUAUCAGUGUGCUUGCAAUCCAGGCUAUCACUCCACACCCGAUAAACUCUUCUGUGUUGAUAUUGAUGAAUGUAGCAUAAUGAAUGGGGGUUGUGACACCUUCUGCACCAAUUCCGAAGGCAGCUAUGAAUGCAGCUGUCGACAGGGAUUCGCACUCAUGCCAGAUCAGAGAUCAUGCACUGACAUUGAUGAGUGUGAAGAUAACCCCAAUAUUUGUGACGGAGGUCAGUGUACCAACAUACCUGGAGAGUAUAGAUGUCUCUGCUUUGAUGGGUUUAUGGCAUCUGAGGACAUGAAAACCUGUGUCGAUGUUAAUGAAUGUGACCUUAAUCCAAACAUUUGUCUGAGUGGCACCUGUGAGAACACAAAAGGCUCAUUCAUCUGCCAUUGUGACAUGGGAUAUUCUGGCAAAAAAGGAACAACUGGCUGUACAGACAUCAAUGAAUGUGAAAUUGGAGCACAUAAUUGUGACAGGCAUGCUGUCUGCACCAACACAGCAGGGAGCUUCAAAUGCAGCUGCAGCCCGGGGUGGAUUGGCAAUGGCAUUAAGUGCACAGAUUUGGACGAAUGCUCUAAUGGGACGCAUAUGUGUAACCAACAUGCUGACUGUAAAAAUACGAUGGGAUCUUACCGCUGUUUGUGUAAGGAAGGAUACACUGGAGAUGGCUUCACUUGUAUAGAUCUUGAUGAAUGCUCAGAAAAUCUGAACCUUUGCGGAAAUGGGCAGUGCCUCAAUGCCCCUGGAGGAUAUCGUUGUGAAUGUGAUAUGGGAUUUGUGCCAAGCACUGAUGGAAAAGCCUGUGAAGAUAUUGAUGAAUGUUCCCUUCCUAAUAUCUGUGUCUUUGGGACUUGUCACAACCUUCCUGGUCUUUUCCGCUGUGAGUGUGAGACUGGCUAUGAACUGGACAGAACUGGAGGGAACUGCACAGAUGUUAAUGAAUGUCUCGACCCUACAACUUGUAUUAGUGGGAAUUGUGUCAAUACCCCGGGUAGCUACACCUGUGACUGUCCACCUGAUUUUGAGCUGAACCCCACCAGAGUUGGCUGUGUUGAUACACGAUCUGGCAACUGCUAUUUGGAUAUUCGUCCUCGAGGAGACAAUGGAGAUACAUCCUGUAGCAAUGAAAUUGGAGUUGGUGUUUCUAAGGCUUCCUGCUGUUGUUCCCUGGGUAAAGCUUGGGGCACUCCAUGUGAACUCUGCCCUGCUGUGAACACAUCUGAAUACAAGAUUCUUUGUCCUGGAGGAGAAGGCUUCCGACCAAAUCCUAUCACAGUUAUAUUGGAAGAUAUCGAUGAGUGCCAAGAACUGCCUGGACUUUGCCAAGGAGGGAAAUGUAUCAAUACAUUUGGCAGUUUCCAAUGCCGUUGCCCAACUGGUUACUACUUGAAUGAAGAAACCCGAGUGUGCGAUGAUGUAAAUGAAUGUGAAACUCCUGGUAUCUGCGGUCCUGGAACAUGUUAUAACACAGUUGGGAACUACACUUGUAUUUGUCCCCCAGACUAUAUGCAAGUCAAUGGUGGGAAUAACUGCAUGGAUAUGAGAAGGAGUUUAUGCUAUCGAAAUUAUUAUGCUGACAACCAGACCUGUGAUGGAGAACUGCUGUUCAAUAUGACCAAAAAAAUGUGUUGCUGCUCUUACAACAUUGGCCGUGCCUGGAAUAAGCCCUGUGAACAGUGUCCCAUCCCCAGCACUGAUGAGUUUGCUACCCUCUGUGGUAGUCAGAGACCUGGCUUUGUCAUUGACAUUUAUACCGGCUUACCAGUUGAUAUCGAUGAGUGCCGAGAGAUUCCUGGAGUCUGUGAAAAUGGAGUUUGUAUCAAUAUGGUUGGUAGCUUCAGAUGUGAAUGCCCAGUGGGGUUCUUUUAUAAUGACAAGUUAUUGAUUUGUGAAGAUAUCGAUGAAUGUCAGAAUGGUCCAGUGUGUCAGCGCAAUGCAGAAUGUAUCAACACAGCCGGCAGCUUCCGCUGUGACUGUAAGCCAGGAUAUAGGUUCACCUCAACAGGACAGUGCAACGAUAGGAACGAAUGCCAAGAAAUCCCCAAUAUCUGCAGUCAUGGUCAGUGCAUUGACACAGUUGGAAGUUUCUAUUGCCUUUGUCACACUGGAUUUAAGACAAAUGCUGAACAAAACAUGUGUGUGGAUAUAAAUGAGUGCGAAAGGGAUGCCUGUGGAAAUGGAACAUGCAGAAACACUGUUGGUUCUUUCAACUGCCGAUGCAACCAUGGAUUUAUCCUCUCUCAUAACAAUGAUUGUAUAGAUGUUGAUGAAUGUGCUACUGGGAAUGGGAAUCUUUGCAGAAAUGGUCAGUGCCUCAAUACUGUUGGAUCCUUCCAGUGUCAGUGCAAUGAAGGCUAUGAAGUCACUGCUGAUGGAAGAAGUUGUGUUGAUAUAAAUGAGUGUCUAGCUGAUCCUGGGAAAUGUGCACCAGGCACAUGUCAAAACUUGGAUGGAUCCUACAGAUGCAUUUGUCCUCCUGGAUACAGCCUGCAAAAUGACAACUGUGAAGAUAUUGAUGAGUGUGUGGAAGAACCAGAAAUCUGUGCCUUGGGCACAUGCAGUAACACUCCAGGCAGCUUCAAAUGUCUGUGUCCAGAAGGCUUUUCAUUAUCAUCUACUGGUAGAAGAUGCCAAGACUUGAGAAUGAGCUAUUGCUACGCGAAGUUUGAAGGAGGCAAAUGUUCAUCACCUAAAUCCAGGAAUCAUUCCAAACAAGAAUGCUGCUGUGCCUUAAAGGGAGAAGGUUGGGGGGACCCAUGUGAGCUGUGUCCUACUGAACCAGAUGAGGCAUUUCGCCAAAUCUGCCCAUAUGGAAGUGGGAUCAUUGUUGGACCUGAUGACACUCGUGUUGAUAUGGAUGAAUGCAAAGAGCCUGAUGUCUGCAAAUAUGGCCAGUGCAUCAACACAGAUGGUUCCUACCGCUGCGAGUGUCCUUUUGGGUAUAUACUCCAUGGAGUUGAGUGUGUAGAUACUGAUGAAUGCUCGGUGGGUAAUCCUUGUGGAAAUGGAACAUGCAAGAAUGUUAUUGGAGGCUUUGAAUGUACAUGUGAGGAAGGGUUUGAGCCAGGUCCAAUGAUGACAUGUGAAGAUAUAAAUGAGUGUGCUCAGAACCCUCUCCUCUGUGCCUUCCGAUGCGUAAAUACUUAUGGAUCAUAUGAAUGUAAAUGUCCCAUCGGUUAUGUUCUUAGAGAAGACAGGAGAAUGUGCAAAGAUGAGAAUGAGUGUGAAGAAGGAAAGCAUGACUGUGCUGAAAAACAAAUGGAAUGCAAGAACCUAAUUGGAACAUAUAUGUGCAUCUGUGGCCCUGGCUACCAACGGAGACCUGAUGGAGAAGGUUGCAUUGAUGAGAAUGAAUGUCAGACUAAGCCAGGAAUCUGUGAAAAUGGACGUUGCCUCAAUACCAGAGGAAGCUACACGUGCGAGUGCAAUGAUGGCUUCACAGCCAGCCCUGCCCAGGAUGAGUGCCUUGACAACCGAGAAGGAUACUGCUUCACUGAAGUUUUACAAAGCAUGUGUCAGAUUGGAUCGAGUAACCGGAAUCCAGUCACCAAGUCUGAGUGUUGCUGCGAUGGUGGGAGAGGCUGGGGCCCCCACUGUGAAAUCUGCCCAUUCCAAGGCACUGUAGCCUUUAAGAAACUUUGCCCUCAUGGCCGAGGAUUCAUGACCAAUGGAGCAGAUAUUGAUGAAUGCAAGGUUAUUCAUGAUGUUUGCCGGAAUGGAGAAUGUAUUAAUGAGAGAGGAUCCUACCAUUGCAACUGUAACACUGGCUAUACUCCAGAUAUCACUGGUACCACCUGUGUAGAUCUGAAUGAAUGUAACCAGGCUCCCAAACCCUGCAAUUUCAUAUGCAAAAAUACCGAAGGGAGUUACCAGUGUUCAUGUCCAAAAGGAUACAUCCUUCAGGAGGAUGGAAGAAGCUGCAAAGAUCUUGAUGAGUGCGCAACCAAACAACAUAAUUGUCAGUUCCUUUGUGUUAACACCAUUGGAGGCUUUACGUGCAAAUGUCCACCUGGAUUUACCCAACAUCAUACAGCUUGUAUUGAUAACAAUGAAUGUACCUCUGAAGUCAACCUUUGUGGAGCUAAGGGUGUUUGUCAGAAUACUCCUGGAAGCUUCACUUGUGAAUGUCAAAGGGGCUUCUCACUAGAUCAGAGUGGAGCCAGCUGUGAAGAUGUGGAUGAGUGUGAGGGAAACCACCGGUGCCAACAUGGCUGCCAGAAUAUCAUUGGAGGAUACAGAUGUAGCUGCCCUCAGGGAUAUCUCCAGCACUACCAGUGGAACCAGUGUGUGGAUGAAAAUGAAUGCCUCAGUGCACACAUAUGUGGAGGAGCCUCCUGCCACAACACCCUGGGAAGCUACAAGUGCAUGUGUCCCACUGGAUUCCAGUAUGAGCAGUUUAGUGGAGGAUGCCAGGAUGUCAAUGAAUGUGGCUCAGCACAGGCCCCUUGCAGCUAUGGGUGCUCCAACACAGAAGGAGGCUACUUGUGUGGCUGUCCACCAGGCUACUUCAGGAUUGGCCAAGGGCAUUGUGUUUCUGGGAUGGGCAUGGGCCGAGGACCUGAGGCUCCUGUCAGUGGAGAAGUGGAUGACAAUUCACUCUCACCAGAAGCUUGCUAUGAAUGUAAAAUCAAUGGCUAUCCCAAAAGAGGCAGAAGACGGAGAAGUGUUAAUGAAACAGAUGCCCUUGAUGCAGAAGAUCAGCCUGAGAUGGAAGCCCCAGUGAGUCUGGCAAGUUGGGACGUUGAGAAGACAGCUGUCUUUGUUUUCAAUGUUUCCUCGAUCAGUAACAAAGUUCGGAUUCUGGAACUCCUUCCAGCCCUUACAACUCUGACAAAUCACAAUCGAUAUUUAAUUGAAUCUGGGAAUGAAGAUGGCCUCUUUAAAAUCAACCAAAAGGAAGGCAUAAGCUAUCUUCACUUCUCAAAGAAGAAGCCAGUGGCUGGAACCUAUUCAUUACAAAUCAGUAGUAUUCCUCUUUAUAAAAAGAAGGAACUUAACCAGCUAGAAGACAAACAUGACAAAGACUACCUCAGUGGUGAACUGGGUGAUAACCUGAAAAUGAAAAUUCAGAUUUUGCUUCAUUAAUUCACCAACCAAAGACCAAAUAAUGAAAAAAAAAAAAACAACAACAACAAAGAUAGAUAGGUAGAACUGAAUGUUUCUCCCAGUCAGAUUCUCCAUAUCAUAGGUACAAUCUUUCACGAGUACAUUUGUAUGCGUGAGCACUAUUGUAUUAUUACAUAAGCAAGGUACAGGAUGAAUACCCUAGCUCAAAACAACCACUUUCUCAGGCUUCUCAUGAGUGUAGCUGAGCUGCCUUGGCAUGAUGUAUAAUGAUAUGUUGAAUCUUGAAAACCGGGACAUAUUUCCAUUGGAAGUUGGCCAUUGAUGCUGAGACAUGUCAUCCUUUCAGCAGAGGUACAUGAAUGUGCUUUCAAUUGAAGGACUGUUCAAUUUUAAAAAUUUUUUUUAAAAUUUUGCUUUUCCAACUACAACAUACUAGGUCAGCCAUUUAUAAUAUCUAUUUGGUGCUAGUAAAUUUUCAAACUAGAUUUAUAAAUGCACUGUAAUAUUUACACAACUUAGAAGCCAAAUUGCAAUUAUUCAGUUUAAAUAUUUCAUUAAUUUCAGUCAACCAAAGUUAGCUCAGUAGCUUAUCUCAGUUAUGACUAUAAUACAGUACAUGUAAAUUAAGUGUGUGUAUACUGUAAUCGUGCUAUUUUUUAUCAUUGAAGCGUUUGUAAACUAGAGUAAUAAUACCCUAAAUGUGAGGGUUUAUAAUGGUGCUUAUUAAGACCAACUACUUGUUAACUAUACACCAACCUAAUGAUGAAAUGUCUGUGACUUACCCAAAAUUGCACUGAGGUCAGGAAGGGCCAGUAAACAUUCUCAGCCAUCAAAUGACCCUCAGUGCCCACCAUACAUCUUGAUAUUGUGUAAUAUGUGCCAAGAGUACCCAUAAUGAUCCUUAUCAACAAGGGCUCAAUGUCAUAAAUGUCACAAUAAAACAGUCUCUUUUUUUAGUUUAUCCUAUGGCUUGGUUUUCUUGCUCAAAGUCCUGGAGUGGAAUGUUUAGACUUCAGGUCCUGUGGUUAUUGGGACCGUACCAAAGAUUAAAUUGAGCAAGAUUUUCCCAGUUCUAAGUCACUCUGCGCCUGUGAAUCACAGCUUCUAAAGAUGCCUAACUUAUAACACCUGGAAGACUUUCGUCUGGCAUAUAUACAUAUAGCCAGUCUGCUGUUUUGUUCACUGCAUUUGAUAAAGAGUAGAGGGAAAAAAAAAAUCUGACGUCCACAAUUCUACAUAGCAAUUAAAUUAUUUCAGUUUAAUGAGUUACUCCACCAGAAAUUCAGAUUGUGGCUUCCCCUCUGAAACGUGACCUAAUUAAUCUUGUGACUUGGGAACUUCAAUAGUUCCAAAUACUGUUAAAUAUAAAGUUCAGUCAUAUUCGGAGAACAUGUGUGUUUCAUUACCAAAGUUUUAUCUGCUAACCCUGCCCUGGCCCCCAACUGUUGGCAAGCUUUAGGUGUUCCA